AUGAGACGCCGAAUUUACGGAGAAGAGCCUUAUGAUGCUGGAAGCAUCUGGGCGACAAGCCCUGAGUACUGCUGGAUGCUUAUCGCUCCAGAAAAGAAACAGCGGAUGAGAAUGCCGGUUCUUGAUUUGGACGGCUAUAUGGACCCACCAGAGUUCUGCACACAUCAUCUGAGUUUUGACGCUUUCAAGUUACUGUGCAACUCUAUGGAAGGUGUCAAGAUUGGGUCGGAUGAGGGGAUAAUUUUGCAAUCGGCGCACUCGACGUUGCAGCCUUUGCAGGGUCAAACGCGCCUCGAGAUGCUUCCUGUCGAGCUUCUGGAAGCAAUAUUUGGACUCCUCGAAGCAGAAGAAUUCAUGGCUUUAGCCUUGUGCUCGCAAAAGCUCUGGUUUCAUGCCAUCGGGUGCAUAAAGGGUAUUUGCACUCGGUGGAAGAACCAAUAUUCCUGGGUCAACACUCCAAUUAUUUGCACUACCAGGCGGCUUCGAGUUCUUCCGAAAGCGCUACAGCACAUAUUACCAGAAUCGACGCCUGAUGAUGUGGAGAGAGAAUCCAAGCGGACUGGCCGUCGAUAUAAGAUAUCGACCACUCGUGCAUCGAUCUGGUUCGACAAAUCUGUGGACAACUACGAGAAAGUACCAUUCCCCUACGACUGUACGUACGAAGAGGCUUUCCUCAAGAAGUUUGAAGGGGCUGCUAUUCCCGAAAGCCUCAGCUUGAUCAUGAAGGCUUGUUUGCCAUGUAUCAGACCUGCACCUGGAAGCAAAUGGCUUUUACGCAACCUGACAGAUCGAGAGUACAUCAGGAUGGAAGCGGUAGUCACCUCUGAUGACGAGGCCACCGUUUCGUUGCCAGGCCGCCGAUGGCUCACACUUGAUAUUCUUCUUUUAUGGCUCAUCGGUUGGAGAGUUGACUACAAAAGGAACAGAAAUAAGGCUUGGUCUUGGGAACAACUUGAAACCUUCAAAGGUUUCACUGAUCAAGAUCUCUCAGACACGGUUCUAGACCCGCCUUCCGGACCAAUGUGUUCCGACUUCUGGCCAAUUUGGGGCGGCCCCUGGGCUGGCCACAGACUAGAAGUUGUUACCGAGACGGGGUUGGAUAAUGACUGGAAGGAUCGGACUGAGAAUAUCACGAGAUUAGCCCCCAAAAUGCUGCGUGUAUUUUACGGACGUUCUCUGGAUGAUCAGAAUGAAACACGAGAAUACUGGGAAGAGGCCUUUCGGCAAGGUGGUGACCAUUGGGAGUUCAGGAAGUCAUCUCCGAUUUCAUUUGAGGAAUUUGACCAUGACUGGGGCAAGCCAAAACGGACGUUAUCCCGGAUCAAAUAA